GGCUGUUUGCCCGGUUUAGCUCUCCUUACAUUCGCAGCGCAGUAAGUUUCAUUUCCCUGCGGGCUGAUGGUGUAGAAGUGUGUUUUUGUUGUCAUCAAAUUAGUGCAGUGUGCUGCUUGAUAUUGAACAUCACCUCAAUAUCGCCUCAUCGAAUGUCUAUCGGUUGAAUCGAUAUUUUCGAAUAGUGAACACAGUCACAGAAAACACGGUGUCGAGGGAACAACGAUGUGCAUUUUAUUCAUCUACGUGAACAAUAACGGAGUACCAGUGCAGGGCGAAUACAAACUGAUAUUGGCCUCCAAUAGGGAUGAGUACUAUACGAGACCAGCUAAGGCAGCGGCUCCCUGGGACGAGAGUCCGUUUGUGAUUGGUGGACGUGAUAUGGAACCGGGUCGAGAAGGCGGAACCUGGUUGGCAAUCAGUGGACGCGAGGGCAUCGUAAAAAUAGGUGCAUUGUUGAACGUUACUGGUGAGAGUAAGCCGAAUGUUACUUUGGGGCGAGGACCAAUAGUAGCCAACUACUUGGUAGAGCCGUUGUCGAAUGAGGAAUAUUCAAAACAACUGCUAGCUAAUGAUAAUUACGGACCUUUCAAUUUGGUAUCAGUGCAAAUAGACACAAAGGGUGGCAACAACGGUGGAAACGUGUCGAUACUUCAUACCAGCAAUACACCUUGCAAGAUCGAUCAGUGUGAGCUGGAUAACCCGCUCGGGUUUGGAAACAGUACAUUAGACGUGCCACUGCAGAAGGUUAAACACGGACGCAAACAGUUUGGUGAUAUUGUGGAUAAACGACUGAAGUUGGAGUCAAAAGAGCAGCUAAUUAAUGAGCUAUUGGAACUUCUGAGCAGUGAUGAGAAACACCUCCCGGACCCAGAACUAUCCCGUCGUGUGCCCAAGUACUUCGAGAAACUAUCCAGCAUUAACGUGCGCUUUCCUGAGUCGGGCUACGGUAGCCGCACCCGAACCGUAAUCCUAAUCGACCACGAAAACCGAAUGGACUUUAUCGAGGAAACAAUGGUCACUGCCGAUCCGAACGGCGAAUGGAAACGAACCACCUGGGAGCGACAAUUUUAACCUUUGACGAUACCUCAACAACAAGGGCUUUCGGACCACUAGCACCACCAAUUUUCUCAUCUAGAUAACAUAGUAAAUGUGUAUUUACACUCGGUAUAAUCUUCAAUAAUUAGAUUCAAUAUAACUGCUCAAUUAUUACAUAGCAGAAAUAGAACUCAA